GCUCUGUUCAUAUGCUUUGAAAGAAAAAUAAAAAAAAUGUCGAAAUCAAAUCCAUCGAUGGACGUGAGUGCCCUCACAGCCGAGGUCGCAUCAUUCGUUUCCUCUAUCGGUUUGGCUUCGUCUCUUCCUUCUUCUGGUUUCAACGACACCGAUUUCCGGAAAAGCGGUAAACCCAAAAUCCAGAAACGGAAAAAGCCGAAGAAGGACAGCUCCGAUCAGAAGAACCGGAAAGAGGGUGGUGGUCAGGGAGACGCAAGGAAGCCGAAAUCGACAAUUGGGAACGAAGCCGGCAAGAAUUCGGGAGCGAAGAAUCAAACCCCCAAAGAUACGCCGGCGAAACAAGCCAUUAACCCGAAGCCAAAGCCUGAUUUUUUGUCGAUUGACGAUGAGAAUACUGGGUUUAAGGCGAAGCGUUUCGACAAGUACAAGGCUUUGCCGAAGCUACCGUUGGUGAAGGCGAGUCUAUUGAGCUCGGAGUGGUACAAUGAUGCACAGGAGCUGGAGGAGAAGGUCUUUGGCGGAGGAGAUAACAAGAGAGUGGCGAUGACGAACAAGGAGGAUUUGAAGGGUGUGGUGGAGAAGAAGAGGGAACUAGGAGAGAGAUUGAUGUGGCAAUACGCAGAGGACUUUGUAACGUCUCAAGGAAAGACCGGAGACAUGAAGAUGGUGAUUUCUGCUCAAAAGUCAGGGACAGUAGCAGAUAAAAUCACUGCCUUUGAGAUCAUGGUGGGAGAGAACCCCAUUGCAAACAUGAGGUCUCUUGAUGCCUUAUUGGGAAUGGUUACCUCAAAGGUUGGAAAACGAUAUGCAUUCAAGGGUCUUAAGGCUCUAUCAGAAAUUCUGAUCAGGCUAUUACCUGAUCGCAAGCUGAAGACACUCUUACAGCGACCCUUAAACAGCAUUCCGGAAAAUAAGGAUGGUUACUCGCUUUUGCUGUUUUGGUACUGGGAGGAAUGCUUGAAACAGAGGUAUGAGCGCUUUGUCACCGCUCUUGAUGAAUCAUCUAAGGAUAUGCUCCCAGAGCUUAAAGACAAGGCUUUAAAGACUAUAUAUUUCAUGUUGACAAGUAAAUCAGAACAGGAGCGGAAAUUGCUUGUGUCAUUGGUGAAUAAGUUGGGGGAUCCUCAAAACAAGAGUGCAUCUAAUGCUGAUUAUCACCUGACAAAUCUUUUGGCUGAUCAUCCUAAUAUGAAGGCCGUGGUGAUCGAUGAAGUUGACUCCUUUCUCUUUCGUCCCCAUCUUGGGAUACGUGCAAAGUAUCACGCUGUUAACUUUCUGAGUCAGAUUCGAUUGAGCCACAAAGGAGAUGACCCGAAGGUGGCAAAACGCCUAAUUGAUGUUUAUUUUGCCCUAUUUAAGGUUUUAACCACAGAAGCAAAUAGGAAACCAGGCGCAGAUAACAAAGUGGCUGAAAAGAAAAAACCCAACCCAAAGGACACAAAAGAAGAGAAGCCUUCUGAUGCACCUGUUGAAUUGGAUUCCAGAAUUCUAUCAGCUCUACUGACGGGAGUUAACAGAGCUUUUCCAUAUGUUUCCACUGACGAGGCCGAUGAUAUAAUUGAAUCCCAGACGCCGGUGCUUUUUAAACUGGUACACUCGAAGAAUUUCAAUGUGGGAGUUCAAUCACUGAUGCUUCUUGACAAGAUCUCAUCCAAGAAUAAGAUUGUCAGUGACAGGUUUUACCGUGCAUUGUACUCGAAACUUCUACUGCCCUCCGCAAUGAACUCUUCCAAGGCAAGCCAAUUUUUGAACCUUCUGUUUCCCUACUUUUCUAUCACGUCUGUUUAUCCUUAUCGAAUAGAUCAUUAUCUUCAUAAUUUGGUAGAGCCCGCUGAGAUGUUUAUUGGGCUUCUUCUCAGAGCCAUGAAAAACGAUAUAAAUGUGAAGCGUGUGGCUGCCUUCUCCAAAAGAAUCUUGCAGGUUGCGCUACAGCAGCCUCCACAGUACGCAUGUGGAUGCCUUUUCCUUCUGUCUGAGGUGCUAAAAGCAAGACCUCCUCUGUGGAACAUGGUUGUUCAGAGGGAAUCAGUUGAGGAAGAUGAAGAUGUAGAACAUUUUGAGGAUGUGAAAGAGGAGGAUGAUAUUGAUCCGAACAAAGAAGUAGAGAAAGAAGCGAAUGAUAUUGAAGUUGAUAAUGACAAAAUCGCAAGUAGGGAUGGUGAUUCCUCUUCAGAUGACGAAGAAGCUUUGGCGGUCAGGCAGUCUGAUGAAGAAGGUGUUUAUGCUUCUGAUGAUGCUGAGGAUCUGGUUAUAAAAGAACCCUCCCAUGAGCUUAAAGAUACCAUGGAGGUUUCUAAUGAUAGCGAGAAAAAAAGCCAACCGCCAUCAAAAUCAAGUUGUCUUCCAGGAGGAUACGAUCCUCGCCAUAGAGAACCCUCUUACUGUAACGGAGACCGCGUGAGUUGGUCCGAGUUGGUGGUUCUUUCUUCACACGCUCACCCCUCGGUUGCUACGAUGGCUGGAACUCUUCUCUCAGGAACUACUAUAGUUUACAAUGGAAACCCUUUGAACGAUUUAUCUCUAACUGCUUUCUUGGAUAAGUUUAUGGAGAAGAAACCAAAGCAAAACACUUGGCAUGGUGGCUCCCAGAUCGAACCUUCCAAGAAGCUUGACAUGUCAAACCAUAUGAUUGGUUCUGAGAUUAUCUCGUUAGCAGAAGAAGAUGUGUCACCUGAAGAUCUAGUCUUCCACAAGUUCUACGUGAACAAAAUGAGUAGUACAAAACCAUCAAAGAAAAAGAAGAAGAAGAAGCUACCUGAAGAAGAAGAUGCCGAAGAACUUUACGAUGUGAAUGAUGGUGAUGGUGGAGGGAACUACGAUAGUGAUGUUGAAUUCGAGGCUGGUGAUGAGAGUGACAAUGAGGAGAUUGAGAAUAUGUUGGAUGAUGUUGACGAUGAUGCAGUGGAAGAAGAGGGUGGUGAAUAUGAUUAUGAUGAUCUAGAUGGAGUAGUGGGCGAUGAUGAUGAAGAGCUUGUGGCUGAUGCGAGGGAUGCAGAGAUGGACACAGAAAUGGAUAUGCUUGAUGGUGAAGAAGAUGUUGAUGAUGAUGAUGGUGGUGGUGAUGAUAGUGAUGGUGAUGAUGGUCGCGGUAACAAGAAAAAGAAAGAAAAAGGAAAACGAAAAUCUCCAUUUGCGAGUCUUGAAGAGUACGAGCAUUUGAUAGACCGAGAUGAGAAGGAUGAUUCAAAGUCUAAAAAGAAAGAAACAUCAGAGCCCAAAAAGAAGAAGAAGAAGAAGACCAAAGCAUCAGAUUAA